CAUGGAUCACGAACCGUUAUCCUCGCCUGAACGUGGGCCACUAACAUGUAAAGUCACCUACUUGGAAAGGAAGAAGAGAAAACGGACCCUUUCCAACGAAGCCGGCUCCGAUUCCGAUACCAGUGAGAAGUCCAAGUCGACACCCUCACCCAUCAAGAAUCCUAAGACUCCAAAGAAGCCUGAGAGAAAGACUCCUGCUAGCAGGGGUCCGAAACUCGUUGAUGUCGGACUGCCGGGGCCUUCCCCAAAACGCGUUCGACGCGUAUCCGAUGAAUCAACCAAAGCCCCAAGAUCUAGGAAAACUACUCACGUCCGGGCAGCCUCUUCUGUUAGCUCCUUGAAGCAGGUGGCUCAGAAAGUCGGCGGUUCACCUGCAUCUGCCAAGAAGCCUGAAUCGGUCUCUGCCUCAGUCCGUAAACCCAAGUCCAAGGGUAAAUCCCUUGCAGGCGAGGACGAUUUCGAUGACAGUGUUUCUGUCGCCGAUUCCUCUAUCAGCACCACGAGAGUUCGCCGUAAUGAAACGGAACGUAUUCAAUAUUUCGAGAAUCAACCCGAGUGCGGCAAGAUGGAACCCCAUCAAGUUCAGUGCCUCCGGUGCAAUAAACCUGUCAAUCUGGGCCGUAAGCAAACUUAUGCAGUUCGCCCUUGGGAGAUCCAUAGGGCCCGCUGCGACCAAAAGCCGGCCCAGACCUCUCGCAUCAUCCCUGACGCAGCUAAAGAGGAGGUCGAACCGGCUCAAGUCCCUGAAUCUCCUGCUGUAGUCCCCUCUACGUUGUUGGUGACUCCAGCGCGCCGCCCGACAGAAGAAGACAGGAAAGAAUCCCUAGAAUCCGACAAACAGAUCGAGAACCUCGAGAAGCACCGCGUCUGUUGUCGCAAAUGUCACAAAUGGGUUGACCUUUCUGAGAGCAUUCCUUACGCUACUGGGAAUUGGCACAAGCACAAGGACCGAUGCUCCGAUGCUGGCCCAAGUCACCGCGUCGCGGCUGCCAGGCGCAAGCUCCUUGUUGUCAACGAUCCCCAAGCCAAGUCCUACGAUGUGCACCAAAUCGAAUGUGGAUUCUGCGGCAAAACUAUCCAGCUCGAAGGUGAAGGUGACUUUAAUCUUACCAAAUGGGAUGAGCACAAACUUUCGUGCAAUAGAACCGUCCCAAUUUCGAAGAGCGAUAGCGUCAACUCCAUUGCAUUCCCAAGCCGCUUUUCGCGCCCUCCCCCGUCAUCGGCUUCGACCGACUCUACUCUUGUUAUCGAAGCCGGUUCAUCGCAUGCACCCCAGGGAAUCAAGCGCAGUCGCGAGGACGAUGUCAUCCCUGAAGAAGACGAACGGCCUUCCGCACGCCCACGAUCCGCGUCAUAUUUACCGCCGAACCAAGAAGCCCCCAAUUCAGUUCUGGGGUGGUUCAUGCUCCCAUUCCACUCCUUCGUCCGUGGCUUCAAGGAGAGUUUGAAGGACAAAUCAUA